GUCACCCGCCAAAUAACAAAACGAAGAAAAGUCAAAAAGUCGAACACAUUAGAAAAAGUCAAAAAUCAUUUGGUUCUGUCCGUCAAUGAAAACGCCGCCUCGUGGAUCGAAGCGGGUUGAUCAGGAAUCGGAUCUACCCAAGGUUACAACUCCAGUGGCUCUACGUGCAGCACGAGAGAAGAAGCACUGUUCCAAGGCUCGGGCGGUUCGGGUCAGACCCGAGUACCCACUGACCCGCAUUUCCCCCGAGAUGAAGCUUAUGCCUCCUGAGUUCUUUCAAAUCGACGCGCUUGAUCUAGCUCCGCGUCUGCUCGGGAAGUUCCUGAGGAGAGACGAUGUUGUCCUACGGAUCACAGAGGUAGAAGCUUAUAGACCAAAUGACUCAGCUUGCCAUGGACGUUCCGGGGUUACCCCACGGACCGCACCUAUUUUUGGACCAGGAGGACAUGCCUAUGUUUAUCUUUGUUACGGUCUUCAUAUGAUGCUCAAUAUUGUUGCUGAUAAGGAUGGAGUUGGAGCCGCUGUUUUGAUACGGUCUUGUUCUCCUGUUACCGGGCUGGAGACCAUACAGGAGCGCCGUGGCCAGAAAAUCGACAAACCCCUUCUUUUAAAUGGACCAGGAAAGGUGGGGCAAGCGCUUGGACUUUCAACACAGUGGUCUCAUCAUCCCCUCUAUUCUCCUGCAGGAGGAUUGGAGGUUCUGGAUGGAGGAGAAGAUGUGGAGAAAGUAUUGGUUGGUCCUCGAGUCGGGAUAGAUUAUGCAUUGCCUGAACAUGUCAAUGCCUUGUGGAGAUUUGCCAUUGCAAACACUCCAUGGAUAAGUGCUCCUAAGAACACUCUUAAGCCUCUAACUUCAACCCACAGCUCUUAGUUUCACCUCUUGUAUUCAGACAUCUGAUUGUGUACGUACACUUCUUGGUAUUUGUUUAGUGUUUAUACUGUUUUGUUAACAAUUAUUAAUUUGGUUGUAUACACUGAAGAAGAAAAUCAAUUGGGGCAAA